CGCACCCUGGGGAGAGGCAGAGCCGGGCCGGCUGCUGGUGUGCUGGGUGUUGCUCGACUGCAUCUCCGGGGGAAUUGCACGCUACUCUUGCCAUUGAUCGUGUUGGUUCAUACCCUUCAGAAAUACUAGUAUGGAUCAAACACGCAAGAAGCAGCCACCCAACCCUCGUGAUGACGCGGGGCUCAUCAAUAGGAUGGUGUUCUGGUGGCUCAUCCCCCUCCUGAGGCAGGGCAACAGACGCUCACUCAACGAGGACGAUCUGUACACUGUGCAGAGCAGAGACGCGUCUUUCACCCUUGGCAACAGAUUACAGAAGGAGUGGGACAAGGAGCUGGAGGAGAGCAAGAUCAAGAAGAGGAAGACGAGCUUCGUGCGGGCGCUGAUUCGAUGUUUCGGCUGGGAGUUCGCGGCUGUCGGUAUCUUGGCGGCCAUCGAGGAGUGCGUCUUGAGGAUAGUCCAGCCAGUCUUGCUAGGCGGCCUGGUGCGUUAUUUCGACAGCCGCCACGUAGGGAGUCUCGGCUCGGGCAUGGCGUACGCGUCAGGCAUUGUCUUGAUAGCGGUGGUGCACAUCUUUGUGUACCAUCCGUACAACUUCAAGUGCCGCCACAUCACCCUGAAUCUGAAAACUGCAUCCUGUGCCCUGAUCUUCAGAAAGGCUCUGCGGCUGAGCAAGGCAGCACUUGGGAAGACCACCACAGGCCAGAUGGUGAAUCUGUUGUCAAAUGAUGUCAACAGGUUUGACACGAGUGCCAUCUUCCUUCACUACAUCUGGAUUGGUCCUCUUCAGACGUUAAUUGUAUUGGGGAUCCUCUGGAAUGAAAUAGGACCUGCCUGCUUGGCUGGGAUCAUGCUUCUCCUCUUGUUUGUUCCAUUUCAAACAUGGCUGGGGAGGGUGUUCUCCAAGCUGCGAAUGGCCACUGCCCACCGCACUGAUGAGCGGGUGAGGAUCAUGCAUGAGAUCAUCAAUGCCAUGCGGAUCAUCAAGAUGUACACGUGGGAGAAACCCUUCACUACCCUAACUGAGGCAGCACGCAAGUCAGAGCUUGGUGUCAUCAUGGAAACAAACUACUACCGUGCCGUGAACAUGUCUCUCUUCCUCACUUCAUCCAAAGUCAUCAUUUUUGUGUGUCUCCUCACCUACGUCCUCACUGACAAUGUGCUGACGGCUGAGAAGGUUUUUGUGACUUCAUCCCUGAUUAAUAACGUGCGCCUUGUGAUGACUCUCUUCUUUCCUUUCGCAAUUGCAAUGGGCUCAGAGACACUUAUAUCCUGCAAGAGAUUACAGGAAUUCCUUGAAAUGGAGGAGAGAGAAGACACAAGCUACAUUGAUAAGCCAAACCUUCGACCAAAGCCAAAGGAUUGCUGCCUGGUCAUGUCAGGAGUGACAGCCAAGUGGAGCAACACCACUGAAGAGAACACACUCACUGAUGUGUCAUUUUCAGUCAAGGCAGGGGAACUUCUAGUCAUUGUUGGCCCUGUUGGAGCAGGGAAGGGAUCACUUCUGAAUGCCAUUCUUGGAGAGCUGCCAGCACAGUCUGGGAGGAUCACUGUGAGAGGGAAGAUUGCCUAUGCCUCACAGGAGCCGUGGGUGUUCUCAGGAACAGUGCGCCAGAAUAUCCUGUUUGGGAAACAGUUCAACGAGAAGAAAUAUGAAGAGGUUACCAGAGUUUGUGCAUUGGAGCAGGACUUCAAGGAGCUGCCUGACGGAGACAUGACGACUGUAGGGGAGCGUGGCAUGGCUCUCAGUGGUGGACAGAAGGCUCGGGUGAACUUAGCAAGGGCAGUGUAUGCAGAUGCAGACAUAUACCUCCUUGAUGACCCGCUGAGUGCAGUGGACAGUCAUGUGAGCCGCCACCUCUUUGACAAUUGUAUCAUGAAGCAUCUCAAGCACAAAGUGAGAGUUCUUGUCACACAUCAGCUGCAGUAUCUCAGCUCAGCUUCAGAAAUUCUUGUGCUCAAGGAGGGACACAUGGAAGCCAUUGGACCAUACCAUCAGCUGGUGAACAGUGGCUUAGACUUUGGCACCCUCAUCUCAGAGAAUACGGAAGAAAUCACUUCAUCCUUCUCCAGCCAGAGAGCCAGUGUCAAAAAAUCUAAUAGUAUAAACAAAGCCAUACUGAGUGAGCGAAUAUUGCGUGAGAGGAAGAGAACCGACUCCACAUCAUCCACACAUCAGCUGGAAGAAAGCAUCCUGGGCUCCAGCAUUUCCCUUCAUGACUCAGUGGAGGCAGACAACAUUCUCACCAUAUCGGGGGCGCACACCACUGGUUCCUCCACGGCCAUCUCAAGUGGCAUGGCUAAUUCAUCCUAUGCCGAUGCCAAAGCAUCAUGCAGGACUAAGAGUAAACUGGAAGUCUCUGUGGACAUCGAGACAACAGAACCACUGAUUGAAGCUAAGAAUGGCAAUAAUAAUGGAGAAGAAACACCAGGCAAUGCAGAGAUUCGAUCACACGGCUCCGUCAAAACUAAAGUAUACCUCAAAUACUUCCUCGCUGGAGGUGGUUGGUGCAUAUUUGUGCUACUGUUUGUGGUCAAUAUUCUCGCUCAAGUUCUCUUCUCUGGUAUAGACUACUGGCUCGCAUAUUGGGCAAAUGGAGAGCAAAUCAGGGCACAAAUUGUGUUGAACUCUUCCACGUGGGACAUUCCACAAAAUGCCACUGUGUUCUCAUACAGCAAUGCACCAGUACCUGAAGGCUACAUGGACACCAAUGCUAAUAUUUAUAUAUACUCAGGCAUGACAGUUGGCCUUUUCCUGUUGUCUCUAUGCAGAACUGUUAUAUUCUUCAUGAUGUGCAUGAAAUCUUCCAAGACACUGCACAACAACAUGUUCAAAGCCAUCAUCAGAGUUCCUAUCAAGUUCUUUGACACUCAUCCUGUUGGUCAGAUCCUUAACAGAUUUACAAAGGACUUGGGCCAGAUAGACGAGUUGCUGCCAACCACAAUGUUUGAUGUUAUCACUAUUUUCCUGACCUUUAUGGGCAUCAUCUUCAUCAUUGCACUGGUGAAUGUGUGGUUGUUAAUACCAACAGUGUUCCUGGGCGUGAUCUUUGUGUACCUCCGUCGCUUCUACCUCUGCUCAGCUCGUGACGUGAAGCGCCUUGAAGGAAUCACCCGGAGCCCAGUGUUCACUCACCUGAGCACAUCCCUACAGGGUCUUACCACCAUUAGGGCCUUUGAGAUGCAGCAGACAUUUAUGGAUGAAUUUGACAGCCAUCAGGACCUCCAUUCUUCAGCCUGGUUCCUUUUCCUUUGCACCACACGAUGGUUUGGCAUCUGCCUGGAUUGGCUGUCCUGCAUCUACAUCAGUAUGGUCACCUACAGCUUCAUGGCACUCCCAGAUAGCCUAGGUGGAGACAUUGGACUGGCCAUCUCCUCUGCCAUGUUGCUGUCAGGCAUGUUCCAGUGGGGCGUGCGACAGUCAGCCGAGGUGGAGAACCAGAUGACCUCAGUUGAGCGUGUCUUAGAGUAUUCCUCUUUUGAACCUGAGGCUGCAUUAAAAACUGAAGCUGAAAAAGCACCAAACGAUGUGUGGCCUGACAAGGGAGUCAUUAAGUUUGUGAAUGUUUCUUUGAAGUACAAUGAAAAAGAGACUCCCGUCUUGAAGAAUCUCAAUUUCAACAUCCAGGCAAAGGAGAAGAUUGGCAUUGUGGGCAGGACAGGAGCUGGAAAGUCUUCUUUGAUCACCUCCCUCUUCCGUCUCACUGAACCAUCAGGUGUCAUCUACAUUGAUGGCAUCAAAAUCCAAGAGCUGGGCCUGCAUGAUGUUCGGGGCAACAUCUCUAUCAUACCUCAGGAUCCAACUCUCUUUUCUGGAACCAUGAGGAAAAACCUGGAUCCUUUCCAUCAGCACUCAGAUGAGCAGCUCUGGAAAUCCCUGGAAGAGGUUCAACUCAAAACUGCAGUGUCAGACAUGGGUGGCCUAGAAACCCUGAUGGCCGAGGGUGGCAUCAACCUGAGUGUUGGGCAGCGGCAGUUGGUGUGUUUGGCACGAGCCAUUCUCAGACACAAUAAGAUUCUUGUCUUGGAUGAAGCAACAGCAAAUGUGGACCCAAGGACAGAUGAACUAAUCCAGCAGACAAUCAGAACCAAGUUUGCUGAAUGUACAGUGCUCACCAUUGCUCACCGACUCCACACCAUCAUGGACAGUGACCGUGUGAUGGUGCUUCAGGCCGGCCAGCUCAUGGAGUUUGAUACACCGUAUAACCUUCUCAACAACGAAAGCUCUAUCUUCUUCUCCCUUGUCCAACAAACAGGCCAAGCUUCUGCAAAACAGCUGCAUCAAAUUGCAGAAAUGGCUCACCAGAGGCGGCAAGACAGUGAAGGUAACACAGCAAGUGGUAGCAAAUGAGACAUUUCUUGGCAGUAUAGUGGAUCUAGUAGUACUUGCAGUGAUAACCAAGUACCAAGCUAAGAACUAAGUAUGUACUUUUGCAUUAUGUUCAUUAAACAAACCUAUUUUGGUUUUCCUAUUACCUAGUUAUUUACUGUGAUAAUUUAUUCAGUAAAACUGGUAGUUCAGGUAUUCAAUAAAGAUUAUUUUGGAAUGAGAUUGUUUAGAGUAAGGGAGGCACCAGGCUGGAAAGCCUGUUUAGAGUAAGGGAGGCACCAAGCUGACUUCCAUGAUGAAGCCAGCCCAUACCCCAAGCCUCAGUUUGUUGAGGAGUGAGGUGCACUCUCUCCCUUCAAAAGAAUAUUCCAUGUAAUGCUGACCAGCUAGUGAGUGCACUAUGUCAAAAAAGGAAAGACAGAAGAGCAUCAAGUCCACAGCAGACAUAAGUCCAUCCAGAGAGAAAAACAAUCCAAGAAAAUAAUGUAACAGCCUACAUUUUCUAGGUAUCUCUGAAAAUAUAUUAAACAUACUUUGUUUGAAGUGACAGGCUUGAAGGUUGAAUCCCCUUUCAGGUCAUGUAGUGACAGGACCAUUCCUGGCUUAACUAGUAACAUGUCAGACUUGUUUUGCCAUCAUGAUGAUCCAGGCAGGUUCAGUCCCUGACAAGGUCACUUCUCACAGUGAUUUUAUUCUACCUUCAGCUCAAUUUCUCAGUGUUUCCAGAAUGCUCCAAGGCUGGGCAUCACAAUGGUGGUAGCAGUGGGAAAUCUUUCUGAGAGGUGCUCUCUCUCCAGGGACUAUACUUGUCAGGAGUGUCACAGUAACAUGCAAGUCUGACACUUCAUCAUUUAGACCAUAAGAGACAGCAAAGGUUCAAGUGAAUUUUAGUUAGCCUUGGUUGGCUGUCCUCUCAUUAAAUUUAAUAAGUUGGACUCUCCUGCAUCCAGCAGAAAAUAUGGAAAGAACAAAGUUCAGCAAUUUUAAUGGUGCCCUAUGGCAGACCAAGUAGUAGCAAGGUCUUGUUCAUGUUUAUAGACACUGGUUUGUCUUUGUACUGGUAAUGUGAUAAUUUGUUUGCCAACACUAUCAUUCUCUUAUUUGUGGACUGCAAUGGUAAAUGAUUUAUUUAAUUCAGCCAACAGCAAGAGUGGGUCCAUCAUGCAUUUUCAGAUCUUAAGCCACUUACAGGAAAUGAACUGGCUGAUUCUUUAAAGAAUAUAUGCAUUUAAUAAAGUACAUUGAUAAGUUUAAUUCUGUGCAUGCCCUUUUGUAAUUGUCAAGUAAUUCAUGAACUUAUUAGUUUCCUGAAAAAAAGUUGAAACAAAGUACAUCAUAAUCAAUGCUAAAAUUUGGUUUUAGCAAAGGUUGUUAUAUCUAAAAGUGACAUCUGAUAUUUUUUAGUGUUUAUAUUGAUGAUGGUACUGAAUUGCAUUUAGAGUACAGUAGAAUCUCGGUUCAUGAACUUAAUCCAUUUUAGGCCUUGGUUCGCAAACCAAAUUGUUCGUGAACCCAAAAUAUUUUUCCAUCGAAAUUAAUGAAAAUACAAUUAAUUUGUUUCAGCUACAGAAAUUUUUUUUAAUAUAAAGAAAUUGAAAUACAUAUCCUUAAUGUGAGACAAAUAACACUAAAUUAGAUAAAACUACCAUAAUUUACCUUUGUUAUUUAUAGUUGCUGGCACAUAUAGAUGGUGAGGGAGGAGAGGAAGAGGAGGAAGCUACCAAAUUUCGGGUAAAAGGCUGCUGCCUGGCCUGUCUCUCUCUCUCUCUCUCUCUCUCUCUCUCUCUCUCUCUCUCUCUCUCUCUCUCUCUCUCUCUCUCUCUCUCUCUGGAGAUAGUAAAUUUUCGUCUUUAGCAACCCACCCUCCCCAUAUGUGUUCAUUACCAGUAAUAUAGUGUAAUUUACAACAAGUGAAAGAAUAAUCCAAGGUCUUUGGGCCGAAAGACUGAGCCAGUAGUGAAAUUUAACACUUUUUUCCUUACAGGCAUAAUGGGGGCUAAAAAACACAAAAAGGGAAAAUAGAAAAAAAAAUUUUUAACACAACACUUGCAAACAAUAUUUAUGCCAAGCAUACCAACGCACAACUGAGCACAAGGUUCUAUGGAUUGUGGGUAACGUGUUCAUGCCCCAAAGUAUCAUUCGUGAACCAAGCUAAAAUUUGUUCGCAAAUCUAGUUUGUGAACCAAUUUAUUCAUGAUGUGGAGCAUUUGCGAACCAAGGUUCUACUGUGCCAAUUUCACUGAAGUACCUAGAACAGACUCCUGGAAAGAUGAAUGGGGAAAGAGAGUGGAGAGCAUUGCUCGUGGACACAGAAGAUGGUCAAAAUGUGAAUGUUAUUUACACAGUAAAACCAGAAAUAUGCAAAGUUACUGAUUUAGCAUUUGCAAAGUUAUAAAGACUCUGUCACAACAAACUACUCAUAAUUUUCUACAUCUCUAAUGAUUGAGAAUACUGACCUAAAACUCAAGGGCCUAGAUUCCUUCAGGGGCAGUCAUUAAUAAGUGUACUUAUGUAAUUUUUUUAUAUAUGUAAUUACAAAUACUCAAAAAUGACUGCAUGCAUCAUAUAAAAUCUUUCUCUUCUGCUCCAUGGAUGAAAAAAAAAGUCUAAUACAAAAACAGUUAAUUUUAUCUACCUAUAUUUGUACUUUAGUGACACCUUGAUCCUUUUAUUUGUAAUACUGUCUGGUGAUGUACUCAGGGACACUUUACAGUAGUGGUCACACUUGUGAACAUAUCACUAGGUAAGAGGAAAUGUUGCAAUUCUGUUUACUCAUAAGAAUAUUUUUCUUCUUUUCAAACUGAAAUUCUGAUUUAUUUUGAUAACAUCUUUGUCUAAUAAUGGAUCAAAAUAGACAUACAAAGUUUAGAUUUGAUUGAUUUAAAAUAGCAUACACAAAUAUGAAAGUUUUGUAAUAUAAUCAUAAAUGUAAAAAAAAUAUUAGUUCAAUUAGUGAAUACUAUAAUUAUUGAAAUAUGAAGUAAAGAAGUUCAACUCAUCUUUGACAACUUACCACUAUCCCAUCUAACCUCUCACUAGCUAACACUUGCCAUCCUCUCUCUGCCAUUACUCCUUCCAGACUGCCAUCUAUCUCUUGACUCUUAUUUUGUUUAAAUAGUAUAAUUACUGUAACCCUUCAAACAUCCUUCUCAUUUCCUCCGCAUGUAACACAACUUUUCUCACUUUUUCUGUCCCACUGCUAUGUAAUUUAUCAUACUCUUCUGCUCACCUCUUUCAUCCCUCCUUCUCCAAAUGUAUCUGUGGAUCAUCUUAUGCAGAAACAGCCCUUUUCUGCACAUAUAAUGGUAUUCGUUAUUUUCAUUCAUUUCUACACCCCAUUAUCCUAACACAUCUGGUACUUUGCUAUUUUAAAUCUUUCCAUUUAAACCUACAAUCAAAACUAUCUUUCUCCCUCUUUCAAUUUUCCUCAUUCAUAUAACUCUAAAACCUCAUUAACUCUCGCCACAUAACAUUAAAGUCAGUAAUUUGUUGCUGUUAGUAGUGUGACCAGCAAGGAUGAAUGGAGUAGCCAUAUUCUGUUCUACAGCUACAUUCACAGUACUGAUAAGAUACUGCUUUGCUUUGUUGUCUCUAAAGCUGGAGUGGUGCUGGCUGAAAUAUAAGCAACAGACCACUGGCCUCAAUUUUAUGUGAGAUAAUAUUACUUUUGCACUUAAAAUCCUUGCGAUUUCCUGUGUGGCAGGUGCAGAUGACAACGAAUAAUUGUACCACUGACAAGAACUGGAAAUUUCACAGCUAUUUUUUAAUGUCUUGAAAUCAGUGUACAGUUUCAAAAAGCUAUUGGUUAUGUUUUCCCUUUUGUUGUCAAAUGAAGAUUGUGUUUGGACUUGCAAAUUAUAAAGGCCUAUACAAUUUAAGUAUCAUUUACUUAUUAUUCCAAACAAUUUCACAAUUGUAAUAUAUCUGUUAUAUGAUUUUACAUAAAUAAACUGUAUUCAUUAUCUGUUUUCAUGCAUUGAUGUGCAUUCAUUGAAGUUUUGCCUGUGUGCAUUCAACCCAAUCCUAGGAACUGUUCCAAUCUUCCAGAGUAAUCUUCCAGACUAAUGACCUGUAGAUUUGAUUUCAUAUCUUUUUAUAGCUUUCACAUCUAUUCUCAACUGAAAUAUUCUCAUGCAUCACUCUCUCCCCAUUAGUUUGGAUUUCAUAAAGAACAAUCCACUGACAAGGAUCUAGGUUACCUUGUUGGAUCUUGGUCAUUCUCUCCUAGAGAUUCUGGUGAAACCUCUGCUUGUUGCCUUUGAUAUAUCGAAAGCUUCUGAUAGUCUGGCAUAAAUUUAAAAUGUUUUAGGUUAUCGUACAGUUUCUACCCCUUUUUCUCUGCAUCUUCAUCUCGAGUUUCAUUUCUGGCUGUAUACUGCUGCAGUGGUAGACAGCCAGUUUUAAACCUACAAAAAGAAGUGUUCCAUUCUAUAUUAUUCAUAAAUUAUCUCAACCAAACCUUUUAUCCUAUCUACUUUUCAACUAAUGACUCUACCCUGCAUUUCUCAAUGUCAUUUCUUGUCACAUAAGCAACUCACAGGAAUCAAACAAUUCAUGAAGAGAAACCAUAAAAUAUUUGACUUCUGAUCUCUGGAAUUUCUGAAUAGGACAGGGCAAGCCUUGUAUUGUUUAAAAGAUUAUAAAGAGGAAUGUAGUGGGGCACGUAGGAGCUCCCUCCACACGUGUUCUUAUUCCUCCACCAAGACAAAACCUUGCCUCACAUACCUAUCCCCUUUAAGAGAAAGUCAGCCUGGCAUUGAGACUGAAACAGCCAAAAUGUGAGUAUAUUUUGGUAAAUCAUAUUUCAUGCCAACACUUCAUAGAACUUUGAAAAAGAACAGUAAGAUUUUGAUGUGGACAAAUGGUACACUGAGUAAGAAUACUUAUGCAAUUUUUUUGUUGAAUUCCAAUAAUGGUUAAAGAAAAAUAUAAAACUGUCAACAAAAUUUUUAAAAUUUAAUAUACUUGCUUUUGAAAUAUUCACCACCUCUCCAGGUCUUUCAUAUGCUUCCAUUAUAAAAAAAUAAAAAGAUGCCACAAA